AUGACAAAAGUCAUCUACGCAAUUGAUACAUCUUCAACUAGAAAUCUCCACCUAUAUGCAUGGUUCAUCGUUUUCAAAUAUCGCACAUUGAAGGUUUCUAUUGAAGAAGAAGACGACUUGGAAAGUGCUGAUAUGGAAGAAGUAGACUUGGAUAGCGUUUCUGAAGCAUUGAAACGCCGACUUAGAGAACAAAUUUCACCGGACAUUGAUUGGCCGCCGCCAUUGCCACAGCACAGGGGAGAAGAAGAGAGUAUUUCGUACUCGGAGUUCCUUUUUCAUCAUCAGGCCAAUGAUGUGUUCUUGAGUUUUAGUGGUGAAGACACUCGAAGGACUUUCAUUUUUCAUCUCUAUUCACACCUAACAAAUGCUGGAAUCGAAGUUUUCAAAGACGAUGAAACACUCCCAAAGGGAGAACAAAUCAUGUUACUAUUUCGAGAAAUUGAGAACUCAAAAAUUUCCAUAGUUGUUUUCUAAAGAAACUAUGCUAAUUCUAGAUGGUGGUUGCAAGAGUUAGAACACAUAAUGCAUUGUCAUAGA